CGUUCGCCCGGAUCCAGUUAGUUGUCGUCACAUAAAAUAAACCCAAAACUCUUUGUAUUUAUCUUAAACAAAAUGUCUGUCCUGCCUGGGUCUAUAAUCGUAUCAGACUGGCAUCGCUUCCCAGACAGCAGAGAGUUUUUCAGCAGAAUACUGCAUAAGAAGAGACGACGGAAGUUUGGUCUCCUGGAGGCUCCAAUGAUGCCUCCUCAUAUGAAUGUGGACACCGUUCGCUACAAGGUGUUUAUCUCUGGUAAAACUGGAGUGGGGAAGAGCGCUCUCGCUGCCCGUCUGGCUGGCCUUGAUUUUCCCAAAAUGCACUAUGAGACCACAGGCAUAGAGACAACAGUGACGUUUUGGCCUGUAAAGCUGAAGGACAGUAACCGUGUUCUGUUUUUCCGCUUUGAAUUUUGGGACUGUGGAGAAAGUGCCAUGCGGAGAUUUGAUCACAUGUUACCGUCCUGUAAGGAGCAAGUGGAUGCAAUGCUUUUCCUGUUCUCCUUUACUGACCGUGGCUCCUUUGAAGAUCUUUCCAAUCAGAUAUCACGGAUAACAGAAUCUUCAGAUCGAGUGGUUAAAUUGGUGGUUGGCACAAAGUUUGACUUAUUUAUGCACACAGAUGUGACUGAGAGUGAUGUAACACGGUUUAAAGAGGUGUGGGGUCUUCCGGUGUUCCGCGUGGGAGGUGACGUGAGCGCAGGGCUUGGUGAGGUAGCACCCCUCCUAAAUGCCCUCGCAGAAAACCUGUGGUACCAGGACUGCAUAGCUGCUUCAUCUGUGUCCAUCGCCACCGCUGGCCUCACGCAAACAGACAAGGAGAUCAUUGUAUAGUAUUGAACAAUAUAAAAAUGUUAUGUAUAUAAUAUUUUCUGAAUUCAUUCAUGUUUACACAUGCUGCGUGUAACUACUGUGUGAAAUAUGACCUGUGUGUAUGAAAUAAGUUUGCUGCAGGACGUUUAUUAAUCAAUGACAUAAUAUUGCUGCUUUUAAAAUACCUUUUACCUUUAAAUAUUUUACUUCUCAAGACAUUUGUAACAAAUUAAACAAUGCUUUAGCAAAUGCAUAUAUGAACUGACAUAUAAUGUAAAUAAAGCAAAUAAAUGUUGUUAGUUUAACAAUCAAGACAACUGAUCUUAAAAUUAUAUAAGUACAUAAUUAAAAAUAUUCAUCAAUAAUUGUCAGGCUUUGUGAGCUUUGAUACUCAACAUGCCACUUUUUCCUAGAGAAGACGUGACUGACAUUGGAUCCACAUCAGCUGGGAAUUGGCACUUUUGACAAACGGUGUUGUCACUUGUUCCAUCCGAGGCCAACUGAUGUAUUAGUAGGGGGAAAGGGGAAUAUUAUAAAUGAAUCAAAAGAGAAUUUAAUUAAAGAAUUUAAACAAAAGACCAAUGGUAGAUGAGUAUCUUUCCGAUGCAAAGAUCCUAAUGCUUUGCGUUAUAAGAUAAAGGAUUAAAAACUUAUGUUGUCAUCAGAUUUUACUUUGCUUACCUUUUCUGCACAGACUUGUAUGAAAUUAUUGGUGGAUGUUAUUAUCACUUCUUCUGGUGCAAAAUCUCCCACAUACACUGUAAAUAUGUAGUUAUCUCCCACCAUACACAUUUUCCCCUUUGAAAAAGAUAUUCAGGGUUAGUAGUAUAUACUAUCAUAUUAAUGUACUUAAUGCACACUGUAACUACACUUCGUUGUGUUAACAUUUGUUCUCAGAGGUCUACACAUAAACAUUGACAAUACAACAAAACUCACCUGUGAA